AAUAUGAUAUCUUUAGCCAAUUCCAUUUUCUUCCUCAUCUUGACCUUAUUGUGCUGCCAAACAUGUAUCAUUAACCUUCCUUCUGUAGCUGCAAUAACCUCAUUGAAACCUGGUGAUAAACUUAAUCAUUCACAAGUACUUGAUUCAGAAGGUGGAAAAUUCAAGUUAGGAUUUUUCUCAAUCCCACAAACAAAUAAAACUUAUCUUGGAAUAUGGUAUGCAGGCGAUCGACGAGAGAGGAAAGUAUGGAUAGCCAAUCCAAAUAUACCUAUAUUGAACAACUCAGGGUUGCUCACCAUAGAUGGGACAUUGAAAAUAACUAGUGGAGGGAAGACAAUUGUGAAUAUUGCCCCUCCUUUAUUGACAGGAAGUUUAGUAGCUAGGCUUCAAGAUUCAGGAAAUUUUGUGGUUCAGGAUGAAACUCGAAACACGACUUUAUGGCAAAGCUUUGAUUAUCCUACCAAUUGUCUUUUACCUGGUAUGAAGCUUGGUUAUAACCUCACCACAAAGCAGAAUUGGACUUUAACUUCUUGGUUGAGUUUUAGUGUUCCUGCCUCAGGGGCAUUUACUUUAAGUUUGGAGGUUUUUGGAAAUGCAUUUCAGUUGGUUAUUCGUCGAAGGGGUAAGGUUUAUUGGACUAGUGGGGCUUGGAACAAUCAAGGUUUUCCAUUCUUACCUUUAUUCCAUGAUUCUGCUACUAUUUAUCAGUACAAUCUCAAUUUGGUAUCCGAUAAAGAUGGGAUGUUCCUCCAAUUUGAUGCAACAGAGGGAAGUUUUCCAAGUCUUGCAUUGAAUUCAGACGGGGAUAUUCUUGGUGGAUACCGGUUUACAUACACCCUUUUUAAAGACUUCUGUUAUGGUUAUGAAAGCGAGGACGGUUGUUUCUCUAGUCAAUUGCCUGAGUGUCGAAAGGAUGGGGAUAAAUUUGAGCAAAAGAGUGGAGACUAUAUACAUACAUCUAGUAUUACUACUGAGUUUUAUGACAAUGCAAGCAUUAGUAUUGUUGAUUGUAUGCAGAAGUGCUGGGAGAACUGCAGUUGUGUUGGGUUCACCACCGCCAGUGGCAAUGGGACAGGCUGCCGUAUUUGGAAUGGAAAUGGAGAUUUUCGAGUCUAUGAGAGUGGUAAUGCAAUGCAAAGAUAUGUUCUAGUUUCACCAAAAUCAUCUAAAGGAAAAACUUGGAUAUGGAUAGUAAUUAGUGUAGCUAUUUUUAUCGCGUUGCUAGUAUCUGGUUUCAUCUGCUACAUUAUAAUGAGAAGACGCAAACUACAAGAUGAGAAAAGAAAGGAGGAAGCAUAUAUACGCGAGUUGACAGCAAUAGACAGCUUCAACACCGCAAAUCUGAAAGAAGAAGAUGGAAGGGAAGUACAAGAUUUGAAGAUAUUUAGCUUUGGAUUCAUAUUGGAAGCCACAAACAACUUCUCAAGUGAAAAGAUGCUCGGAGAGGGUGGUUUUGGGCCUGUUUAUAAGGGAAAAUUUCCAGAUGGACGAGAGGUGGCAGUCAAGAGACUUUCAAGAACCUCGGGACAAGGGCUUGUGGAGUUCAAGAAUGAACUCAUACUAAUUGCCAAAGUUCAGCAUACAAAUCUAGUUCGAGUUCUAGGAUGUUGUAUUCACAGAGAUGAGAGAAUGUUGAUAUAUGAGUACAUGCCUAACAAGAGCUUGAACUUCUUCCUCUUUGAUCCUGCAAGAAAGGAGCUACUGGAUUGGCAGAAGCGAUUUGCAAUUAUCGAAGGAAUUGCUCAAGGAUUGCUCUAUCUUCACAAAUACUCAAGAAUGAGAGUGAUACAUAGAGAUCUAAAAGCCAGUAAUGUGCUUUUGGAUGAAAACAUGAAUCCUAAGAUAGCUGAUUUUGGUCUGGCAAGAAUUUUCAAACAGAACGAGACGGAGGCAGUGACUGGCAGGGUUGUUGGAACAUAUGGUUACAUGGCUCCUGAGUUCGCCAUGGAAGGAACCUUCUCAAUCAAGUCUGACGUCUUCAGCUUUGGAGUCAUAAUACUGGAAAUUGCAUGGGACCUAUGGAAAGAAGGGCGUGCACUAGAACUGAAGGAUCCAGCUCUUGAAGAUCUUUGUGACACUGAACAAUUAUUACGAGUUAUUCAUGUCGGACUAUUAUGUGUACAAGAAGGUGCAGCAGAUAGGCCAACAAUGUCUGAUGUUAUCUCAAUGCUUGGUAAUGGAAGUAUGUCACUGCCAAUUGCAAAACAACCUGCAUUUUUCACAGGAAGAGAUGAAGCUGAAUCAUAUUCGUCCACAAUCAAUACAAAAGAGUGUUCGGUUAAUGAUUGUUCCAUCACUGCCGUUGAAGCAAGAUAA